AAGUGCAGGUAAAGGAGGAGACAGGGUCGUUCACGUCGCAGGUAGAAGUCAGCAGGCUGGGAGGUCGGCUGAGCGAGGUGGUGGGUCCCGUCGUGGAGGAGGCCAUCGAGCCAGGGGAUGCCACCCCGUUGACGGGACCCUCGAGGGAAUCCUCGGUUCCUCGAAUCCCCCCGCCACCUCCGCACCGCGUUACAACAUUGAGACCGCCGAGACCUCCGCCCACUACGUCUCAGCAAACACAAGAUUCGGGUCAUCAGACCCAGGAGCUGAACGCGGACGCUCAGAAUUCGGGUCAUCAGACCCAGAAUCCUGGACAACAGACACAAAGUCCGGAACAGCAGCCGCGCGAUCCGGAUCACUCGACCCAAAACCCCGCACAUCAGAAUCCUGCUCAACAGUUUCAGAAAACGGAACAACAUAGUCAAAACCCGGGUCACCAGACUUCGAAUCCCGGCCACCAGAGCCAGAAUCCCGGCCACCAGAGUCAAAACCCAGGCCAUCAAAGUCAAAACCCGGGCCAUCCGAGUCAAAAUCCAGACCAUCAGAAUCAGAACCCAGGCCAUCACACCCAGAACCCAGGCCAUCACACCCAGAAUCCAGGACAGCAGUCGACCAAUCCGGGCCAAAAUCCUGGACAUCCGACUCAAAACGUAAGCCGACAGGGUCAGAAUCCCAGUCAUCAGGCGACGCAGACGCAGCAACAGCCACAGGCACCGUCGCAACAACAACAACAACAUCAACAACAACAACAACAACAAGAGAACCGACCCAGCAGCAUGGGUACGGUGUUGUCGUUCAGUCCGCGUGACAGACGCGGUUCCGUGUAUCCGCCAACGGGACAUCAACAUCCCGCUGACUUCACGUUGAACAAUUUCAAUUACGAGCAGUUGAACAAUGCGAAGAAUCGGGAGAACAAGAGUGGCGUCGCUACAGUGGCGCCGGCGCCGCCCACGAACCAUCCGCCUACGAACAAUAACUCGUUGCAAAACAACAAUAUCAAUUUGAAUAACAACGACAACGCGAGAAUCAUUUCGGAGAAGAACGCGCUCGAGAAGAACUUGAAGAAGCAUUCUUUGUUUAUAAACGCGCUUUCGUGGAAACGGUUCAGCACGUCGAACAACAACAAGAAGAAGCUUGACAAUAAGAACAAGAAUAUCGGCUUUAGGCAGCCGCUCGAUAACAUACCCAUUGUCGAUAAGAAUAAGAACAUACAGACGCCUCAGACGAAACCACCGGCGUCGAACAACAAUCAUACCACGCACAACCCGACGUGCGAGAAGCUCGUACAGAAGCCUUUACCCCCGAAGCCAAGGAAAACCGUGAUUCAAGCCUCGACUUCGGAAUUGCUCAAAUGCCUCGGCGUCUUCCUUCACAGGAAAUGCACUCGUUUAAGAGACUUCCAGGCCGGCGACGCUGUCAUGUGGCUGAGGACCGUCGAUAGAAGCCUACUGCUUCAAGGCUGGCAGGAUGUCGCAUUCAUUAAUCCCGCCAACGUUGUGUUCAUUUAUAUGCUGGUGAGAGAGCUGGUCGACGGAGACGAAGCGUCCGAGAGGGAACUUCAGGCGACGGUAUUAACGUGUCUGUACUUGAGCUACAGCUACAUGGGUAACGAGAUCAGUUAUCCCUUGAAACCGUUCCUCAUCGAGGACAGCAAAGACAAGUUCUGGGAUAGAUGCCUGUUGAUCGUCAAUCGACUGAGCUCCGAGAUGCUGCGAAUUAACAGCGAGCCAGGAUUCUUCACGGAGGUCUUCACUGAGCUAAAGGCUUGCGGAGCUGGCGAUCGAGGUAGUCUGCCUGGUACCGGCCUCGAGCGGAGCCUCGUCGUCUCCGGAGUCGCGGUACCCACCAAGGCGGCUUGACGGAGCUACACACACUUGCUGGUGCGCAUCGACAGGCACGGCUGCGACGUCACGACACUCUGACGACGGCCGUCGCGACGACGAGGAGCUGCCCCCGCAGCUUGACCCCAUAGCAUCGACCUCG